AUGCAUUUGCCCUGCAUCGCCAUUUCACUAAUGCAGCAGGCUGUGGUCUACCUCCUAAGAAUACGGCCGCGAUUGAGCUCCCUCCUCGCGAGUUACAAUCAUACUUGCCACGCCAUAGGUACGGAGGACGACUCUAGCGGCCUACGACAUCGAUGGGUUCAACAGCGGGGCGUUCUGAUGACCGAAGUGACAGCAAUCCAGGCAAACCUAAAUGUUGUCAUUGAGGGACAACAAAAGCUCACUGGUCCGAAAACCACAUUGUUUCAGCUUUGCGCCUACUACCUCGCUUUUCUCGACUUCGCGCUGCACAGCUUUCAGCGGGGACAGCGACUUUUGAUGGCGUUUCCUGACUUAUCAAAUCGCGAAAUUAGGGAGAUCAGAGUCCUGGAACUGCCGAGCAUGACAUCGCAGAUUUCUUCUGUAGCACCCACCGCUAUCAACGAAAAAGAGCGAGCUAAUUUGAUCGCUGAUGUGAUCACCAUCAAGCUGUGCCGAAAUACCGUCAAAACUGCUGCAGAAUUCACCACUUCUGCAAUGACAUCGUUUUUCCUUCCUCCUCUACGGUUGUAG